AUGAAUAUGACGGGAGUCAAGUCAAUCCAUACGCCGCUGGGACUAUCGCAUCCCCCUAUGGAAAAGCUUCUCUACGAUGAGUGCACGGGUGUUUUGGUGGCGUAUGAUGAUGGGACAUCGGAAACGUAUUACACGGAUGACUCGUGGAAGACGCUGGACGAAACCACUCCAGCUGGCUUUGAAGACAUGGAUUUGGAUGACAGUCCGUGGAUUAGUGCGACGGAGUGGGUGAAUGGUGAAGCGAAUUUGGUGACUGUUCCGCGUGCGUAAUACUUCUAUACCCUUUGAUCUUCAAUGAUAUGUUGGUGCUGGUUUCUUCUUCGCAGUUCACUGUGGCUCCGAGUCGGUGUGGCGGUUCGUGGGAGAGAAUUGGUGUGAGUUUACGUGA